GUCUGAAUUUUCUCUUCCGGUUUUCUCCAGUGUGUUGGCAAAAUAAAUAAGAUCGAGUUUUUCUUAUCUUUGAUGAGUGAGACGUAUUUAUGAUCACAAUUGUUACGCUCAUGAUAGACAAUCCAUGACUGUAGCAGAAUGUUUGCUAAGCUGAAGGAGAAGAUACAGAAGGAAGGGGGAAAUGUUAGUGAAGGGGAGAAAACUCUGUCUCCUCUACCAGGUCAUGCAAGUCCACGUCGUGUCAGCCUGGUGUCUACAAGCAAUGGUAAUCCAGCUCAGAGUCCAGUGAGCAAGGAAAAAGUUGGCGAAAGCUUAACCUUUUCAAGGUCAACUGAUGAUUUGUUAAGAACAGACUUUAGCAGUAAGGAAGAAGUGUUGGCAGCCCUUCAAAAGAGAACUGAGCAGUGUAAAAAGUUGGAAGCUAAAAAUUCAGAGUAUGUGACUGCAAUGAAAGACAAUGCCAAAAAGAUAGAGAAGCUGGAGGGCUACAUUGAAAAACAGCAGGAUGUGCUUGCCAAAAGGACACAGGAGUUAAAUGACCAGUAUCAGGCUAGCAGAGUUAAAAUGUUAAAUGAGCUUGAACAGAAAGAAAAGAAGAAACAAGAAUUGUUAGAGAAGUUAAAGCAAACAGAAAAUAUGACAGAAAAAUAUUACAAAAAUGAAGAAGAGAAAGAAGAGAUUCAGCAGUUCACUACACAGGAAAUGGGAAAACUUAAACAUAUGCUUAUAUUAAAAGAAGAAGAAUUGGCAAAAUGUCAGAAUGAAUUGCAAGAAGUUCAGAAGAAAAACAAAGAAUUGUUAUCAUUAGAAGACAAGGUUAAAUCUGUAGAAUCAGAUAAAUGUAAAUUAGAGGAGGAGGUCACUGGCCACAGAAAAAUUGUUAGUGCUUUAACCAAGGAAAGAAUUACCCUUGAGGAAUCCCUCAAUGAGGUGAAAUCCCAGUUACUAGAGAAAUCAUCAGCUUUCUCCAGUCUUCAGGCAAAGUUUGCCGAGCUAGAGGGUGAACAUCAGACACUGGUACACAACUCGGACCAGCAAAAGCACAAAUUAAAUCAACAAAUACAAGAACAAAAGGAUGAAAUAGAACAGCUAAAUGAGAGAUUGUCCUUAUUACAACAGCGGGAACAAGACAAGACUCUGUCUGGGGAUGAUAGACUUGUAGCUAUUGAAAAGGAGAGAGAUGGAUUAGAAAGGAAAUUGACUGAAACAAGAGAACAGUUGUCGCAAAUCAAAUCUUCAUGGAGUGAAAAGAUUUCCCACUUGGAAGACCAGAUAUCUCAUCUGAAUGGAAAGAUAGUGGAGGACAGUGAGGAAUUAGCCGAAGCCAAAAGAUACACAAAAACUGUACAAGAGAAUAUGCAGAAGGAGAUUGACAACCUGAAACAGAAACUGAAGGUAGCGGAACAGGAAGUUCAGGAACAGGUGGAUCUCCUGUCCAGGAAAGAAGCAAGAUUUAAAAAGGAGAGACUUGAACUAGAGACAGAAGUAUCAAAAAUGAAGUUAGAGAAAAUAGAUUUAGACACACAUCUACGUGCCAAAUUAACAUCUGUUGAGUCGGAACUGAUGGCGCUUGAAAUAAGCAAAGCACAGGAAAAGUCAAAACUUGAGGAUGCAGUUGCCAAACAUGAACACACAAUCUCAGAGCUUGAGAACAAACUUGUAAAAUCAGAGGAACAAGUAAAGGGUCUGGAAGAUAAACUGACAAAGCUUGAGGCUGAAAUGAAAGACUUACAAUCUACAACCAAGUCAGUGCAGGAAGAACUAGGUCAUAAAGAGAAGCAGUUGAGUGAAGCAAAAGCUCACGCACACUCACUACAAGAGGAAGUGAUUCUAACACAAGAGAAACUGGACAAAGCCUUACACAGCUCCAAGUCGAAGAUAACAGAACUUCAAGAGAGCAAUAAAGACAAGGAUGAUUUCAUGUUACGCAAUGCAGAACUUUCACAACAGUUGACAACAUUGCAGCAAACAUUACAGGACGAGAAACGCUUGCUAGAAGUAGAAGUAGAGGCACAUAGAGAGAAGGAAAGUGAACUUAGUAUCAAAUGUCAGGAGUUAGAAACCAGGGUUGUAGAGUUGACAGAUUUCCAGUCUGAUCAUCAUGCCAGUAAUGAUCAGGUGAUACAGUUAGAGGAUACAGUCUCAGCACUCGAGGAACAGUUAGCAGAGAAAAAUAAGGCACUAAAGAAACAGGAGCAACGACUGAAUGAUUUGAAAAAGACAUUACAACGGGAACUAAAAGUGCAAUCUUUACCAAAUGAUGAACCUCUUGACCCUAAAGUUGCAGCACUGACUCCCCCUUUACCUCGAAAAAACUCAUUGACACAAAAAACACACAAUAGUGAACACCCAACACGGACACGUAGGAUAAGCUCCCAUGAGCGUAGUCCUAUACCUGGUGAAACGGUUAUGGAUUCAAUUGAUGGAAUUAAUGUUUCUUUAGGAACUCAAGAUUUCUUUGUAGGUGAUAGUUUACAACACAAAUCUAACUCGGAUAGGAUUCCAUAUAGUGUUUUAAAUUCUCAUGCUACUAUAUCAGUGAGUGACUCUCGUGGUUCCGCUAGCCAUCAUGGUGCCUAUAGUUCUCAUUCUGGCCACGGUCGGAUACGAGAGUUUGAGACUCGGCAUCUAGAAAAGGACAUUAACUUCCAGUAUCUCAAACAUGUUGUGAUGAAAUUUAUGCUGAGUAGGGAACAUGAGGCAUUGCAGUUAAUCAAGGCAGUUUCUCUAUUACUACGUUUCACCCCUGAAGAACAAAAACUUAUCAGAGACACCCUAGAGUGGAAAAUGUCAUGGUUUGGUGGUUCACAGCCACCAGCAGUAUUAAAAGGACAGACAAGUAAAAUUGUACCACCAUCCUGGUGAUAGCCUAGUUAUGCUAAAAGCAAUAUAAUACAGUGUCCGGUGCCUAUUGUGACUAGCAGGAUCAGUGCUUUCUACGGUAAAGAGUGGAGUACUAGUAUAGAGUGGGGAUAGUGCGUGACCCUGAUGAAUUCAGAAGUAUUUAUGUUUAACAAAUGUACAGUAGGACAUAUUAUCUAGGGUCACAAAGAAUUAGCAGUGUGUUCUAGUAAUUCAGGGUUUCAAGAGAUCUUAACAUAGAAAAUAUAAAGAAAAUAGCUGAGGACCACAAAGAUUGCUUAAACAAGUCCAUUGCCCAAGACACUGAUGCUUGAGCAAGUGCUGUUUCACUGUAAAGCAAAGUCAACAGCUCACUACAUCAUGUAUGUACGCCUUAAAAUUUAGACAAUAGGUUUUGUCUGCCUUGAAAUUUCAGUAGGACGGAUUUAGCCCUCCUUAACAUAUCAACAGGAGAGGUUUUCCCCUUGUCUUUUUUCCUUAAAAUUUUCUUUUGUACCAGUUAAAACUGUGUGAGGGGUUUUGUCCACUUCAUCCAAAAAGUAGGCAGGAAAGGUUUUGUUGUCAUCACACUUUGGUUAAAGUUAUACAUGCAAGGUCAUACCUCAUUAACCACUGCAUUAAUAGACUGAAACUUGCUAGUCAUCAAACCUGCUGAAAUAACCAAGCUCUUGCCUGAAUUUAAUGCAGAUUGUGGCCCAUUUUGACUUAGAUAAUUCUGCAUGUAUUGGAUUAAAACUUCAGACAAUGCUUCCCAGUCAUCAAACCUACUGAAAUAAUCAAGAUAGGUUACUCUUGGUUGUAUUUAAUACAACUUUUGCCCCUUUUUCAACAUAGAAAUUUUUGUUAAAUUUUUGUGUGCAACUAUUAAGCUGUAUUUCUAAAGCAUCUACAUGUAUUGGAUUGAAACUUUACACAAUGCACCCUUCUCCUCAAAUCCUUAAGUAACCAAGUUAGAUAACUCUAGACUAAAAUUGGAUCAAAUUAUGGCCCAUUUUUUCUUUACCUAGAAAAAUUGGUUGAAAUAUUGCAUAACAUGUUGUCAUCAUUGCCAUAAUGAAUGUUUAAUUUUGAGCAAAUUGUUUGACCAGACAUAGAAUGUUUAUAAGUAUGUUGUCUUUGCCAAGUUUGAUAUUCAGGUAGAUACUCUAUUUUUGCUUUGGAGUUUUGGCCCUUGAUUUGUUGAAAUUGAGAAAUGUGACAGCUUGUCUUCUCAGUAAGUGGAGUAUUUUUAUAGUCGAAAGUAAUUUGCUGUGACAGACAUAUAUUGUGCAGUUGACAACUCAUUGCUUGUUGGAUUCUGUUGGGGCUUGCUUUUAGAAGGGGUAAUACAUUAUAGUUACCAUUUAUUUAAAAAAAAAAUCAAAGUUAAAGUUCAUUAUAAUAGAGAAGGAAAUGUUGAAUUGUGUAGUUGUUGUACAUUAACAUAUAGUAAAAAAGUUACCAUCAUUAUGAAAGUUAACUGUGCUAAAAUUGAAGUUAUAAAUUCAAAGUUAGUACUUUCUAAUCAGUAACUACCAUUUUAGAAUGGAAACCAAUAGUUUUUGUCAGAAAUGAAUUAGCAAACAGAGGAAAAUGUCAGUUUUAAACAUGUCUGUAAAUGUUCUUAUGUAAACAAAGAGUGCCAAGUCAAUGUUAUAUAGACAUGUUUUAUCAGUGUUGAUUGGGAUGUAGUGAUAUAAGUGCUUAAAUGAUAAUUAUGUCUCCCGCCACACAGUGGUGUGGGAGACAUAUUGAUUUACUCCAGUCUGUGUGUGUGUCUGUCUGUGUGUCUGUCUGUCACAAAGCUUGUCCGCACUCUAAGUCGAACAUUUCUCAUCCGAUUUUCACCAAACUUUAACAAAAUUUGUUUGACCAUAAGACCUCGGCCAAGUUCGAUAACUAGCCAAAUUGAUUUAGGGGUCUUGGAGUUAUAGCCCUUGAAUUACCAAAAAUCGGCCUUUUUAGCUCACCUGUCACAAAGUGACAAGGUGAGCUUUUGUGAUCGCGCGGUGUCCGUCGUCCGUGCGUGCGUGCGUCCGUCCGUAAACUUUUGCUUGUGACCACUCUAGAGGUCACAUUUUUCAUGGGAUCUUUAUGAAAGUUGGUCAGAAUGUUCAUCUUGAUGAUAUCUAGGUCAAGUUCGAAACUGGGUCACAUGCCUUCAAAAACUAGGUCAGUAGGUCUAAAAAUAGAAAAACCUUGUGACCUCUCUAGAGGCCAUAUAUUUCACAAGAUCUUCAUGAAAAUUGGUCAGAAUGUUCAUCUUGAUGAUAUCUAGGUCAAGUUCGAAACUGGGUCACAUGCCUUCAAAAACUAGGUCAGUAGGUCUAAAAAUAGAAAAACCUUGUGACCUCUCUAGAGGCCAUAUAUUUCACAAGAUCUUCAUGAAAAUUGGUCAGAACGUUCAUCUUGAUGAUAUCUAGGUCAAGUUCGAAACUGGGUCACGUGCCUUCAAAAACUAGGUCAGUAGGUCUAAAAAUAGAAAAACCUUGUGACCUCUCUAGAGGCCAUAUAUUUCAAAAGAUCUUCAUGAAAAUUGGUCAGAACGUUCACCUUGAUGAUAUCUAGGUCAAGUUCGAAACUGGGUCACGUGCCAUCAAAAACUAGGUCAGUAGGUCAAAUAAUAGAAAAACCUUGUGACCUCGCUAAAGGCCACAUUUUUCAUGGGAUCUGUAUGAAAGUUGGUCUGAAUGUUCAUCUUGAUGGUAUCUAGAUCAAGUUUGAAACUGGGUUACGUGCGAUCAAAAACUAGGUCAGUAGGUCUAGAAAUAGAAAAACCUUGUGACCUCUCUAGAGGCCAUAUAUUUCAUGAGAUCUUCAUGAAAAUUGGUCAGAACGUUCACCUUGAUGAUAUCUAGGUCAAGUUCGAAAGUGGGUCACGUGCCUUCAAAAACUAGGUCAGUAGGUCAAAUAAUAGAAAAACCUUGUGGCCUCGCUAGAGGCCAUAUUUUUCAUGGGAUCUGUAUUGGUCUGAACGUUCAUCUUGAUGAUAUGUAGGUCAAGUUUCGAAAGUGGGUCACGUGCCAUCAAAAACUAGGUCAGUAGGUCAAAUAAUAGAAAAACCUUGUGACCUCUCUCAAGGCCAUAUUUUUCAUGGGAUCUGUAUGAAAAUUGGUCUGAAUGUUCAUCUUGAUGAUAUCUAGGUCAAGUUCGAAACAGGGUCAUGUGCGGUCAAAAACUAGGUCAGUAGAUCUAAAAAAAGAAAAACCUUGUGACCUCUCUGGAGGCCAUACUUGUAAAUGGAUCUGCAUAAAAAUUGGUCAGAAUGUUCACCUUGAUGAUAUCUAGGUCAAGUUUGAAACUGGGUCACGUGCCUUAAAAAACUAGGUCAGUAGGUCAAAUAAUAAAAAAACCUUGUGACCUCUCUAGAGGCCAUACUUUUCAUGGGAUCUGUAUGAAAGUUGGUCUGAAUGCUUAUCUUGAUGAUAUCUAGGUCAAGUUUGAAACUGGGUCAACUGCAGUCAAAAACUAGGUCAGUAGGUCUAAAAUUAUUAAAAUCUUUUGACCUCUCUAGAGGCCAUAUUUUUCAAUGGAUCUUCAUGAAAAUUGAUCUGAAUGUUCAUCUUGAUGAUAUCUAGGUCAGUUUCAAAACUGGGUCACGUGCGGUCAAAAACUAGGCCAGUAGGUAUAAAAAGAGAAAAACAUUGUGACCUCUCUAGAGGCCAUAUUUUUCAUGAGAUCUUCAUGAAAAUUAGUGAGAGUGUUCACCUUGAUGAUAUCUAGGUAAAAUUCAAAACAGGGUCACGUACCUUCGAAAACUAGGUCAAUAGGUCAAAUAAUAGAAAAACCUUGUGACCUCUCUAGAGACCAUAUUUUUCAAUGGAUCUUCUUGAAAAUUGGUCAGAAUUUUUAUCUUGAUAAUAUCUAGGUCAAGUUCAAAACUGGGUCACAUGAGCUCAAAAUCUAGGUCACUAUGUCAAAUAAUAGAAAAAAACGACGUCAUACACAAAACUGGGUCAUGUGGGAAGAGGUGAGCGAUUCAGGACCAUCAUGGUCCUCUUGUUCGCACUCUAAUUCAAACAUUUUUCAUCCAAUCCACCAAACUUGAACAGAGUAUGUUUGACCAUGAGACCUCAGCCAAGUUCGAUAACUAGCCAUAUCGGUCCAGCAUUUUGGAGUUACGGCCCUUGAAUUACUGAAAAAUCCGCCUUUUUACUCUUGUCCGCUCUCUAAGUCGAACAUUUCUCAUCCGAUCUUCACCAAACUUUAACAAAAUGUGUUUGGCCAUAAGACCUUAGCCAAGUUCGAUAACUAGCCAAAUCUGCCAAGGCACUUUUGAUUUAUGGCCCUUGAAUUACUGAUUGGAUCCACUCAUCCAGACCAUCUUAAUUGGAUCCACUCGUCUAAACCAUCUAGAGAAACUAGACAUUUUUCAUAGGGGCAGUUGUGGGAGACAUGCGCUUUUCUCAAAAGCAUCUCUAGUUAUUAUAAUGUGUUGCUGAAGAUUUGAAAAUAUUAGGUUAAUGUUUUUGUGAUAAAAUUUUACAAGGGAUUUGUGCAGUAUAUAUAUUCAGCUUUGUGAUAUACAUUGUACUUUAUACACAAGAAUAUUCCAUUCCAUUAUUUAUACAUAAAAUGCUUGUAUAGUUAUAUAUGUAUAUAAACACAUAGGGGAAAUCUAAAACGUGGUCUUCGUUGGAAGAUGGUCUUUAUGAAGAAGUUGAUACACACUGUAAAUGUUGAAAUCAAAAUAUACCUAGUGGUAUUUUAUAGCUAGCUAGUCUGGGAUCACAAGUGGUCUGACUGUAGAUGUUACUACACGAGCCUCAAAAUGGGAUCCCAUGCUGUUGAUUUAAUAGAAUUGUGCUUGACCUAUUAUGGUUGAUGUAAUAGAAUUGUGCUUGACCCAUUAUGGUUGGUGUUUAUAUCAUGGACCAGAACAGAGGGACUUGGAUAAAUAUCAUACUGAAAUAUUGUAUGCAGUAUCAUGAAGUUUAAAAUUGUAUGACUAAUGUAUCAGUGUUUAUUGUAAAACCAGAGUUUUUAAUGCCGUCUUUGAAAAAGAGGGGUUAUGUCUGUUGGCCUGUAUACAUGUACCAUUUCGUUUCCAAUAAGUAACUAGAGAAUACCAAGUCUAACAAUGGUCAAACUUCAUAAAAUGAUUAUGUCUCUUUAUCAGUAGGUUACCUGUUAUUUUGGGGGCAAUUAAGUAAAGGUCAAGGUCACAGUGACCUUUAAGACUGAAAUUAGUUUCUGCUCAGUAACUAAAGAAUGCUUUGGCAUACAAACUGAAAACAGUUCCUCGCUAUAAUUAAAGGAGUUUGAUUGUCAGUCUUCACAAUAUUACGAUGGUUGCUUGUAAGUCAGUAGAUGACCCCUGUUGUUUUUAGGUCAUUUGGUCAAAGGUCAAGGUCACAGCAUACAAAUUACAUUACCUGUUUCCUAAGAGAGGCCAUCAAGUGUGGCAUGUGUUUUACAAAAGCUCUUUUGUUAGAACAGGAUCACAGUAUUGUCCAAUGGAGAAUGCUGGCUUAUUUUGCAAAAUAAAUUCAGCUACUUUGUUACUUAAUGAAGUUACUGUGCGGCAGUUAGACAUGUACUAGUAUAAUAAUAAUCUUAUAACAAGGACUUUCUUUAAAGAAUGUGAUAGAAUCCCUGUAGAGAUCUUGCCAUGGACAUUAUUUCUUCUCAAAGAAUUUUUUACAAGAAUAAUUUUCGUGUGAAUUACUAAUAUACAUAUAAUAAAUUUAAAGUAAAUUAUCCUUUAAUUAGGUUACGGACAAAUAUAGUGAAGUCAAGUUUAUUGUGUUUUGAAUUUAUUGCAUUUUCAACCAACUAGAACUUUAAUGAUCUGAUGAUUCAUUGAUUAAGUAUAUUAAAAAAAAAUUGAUAUCACAACAAAAUAUGUAUUUGUAUAGCCAGAUAUUUGGAAUAUACUUAGUCAAAGACUUGUUGAUAAUUUUGUUGUUAAAGAAUUAAAGUAGUGAAGUUUAUGGAAUGCAUUUAAUGUUUGUGUACUUACUGCUUCAGUUUAAAUGGCAGCAAGCAGUAGCUAGCAUAUAAUAUUGCACACAAAUAUAUUUAUUAAAGGUAAUAAUGAAAUCAAA